AUGACCCCUGAGGACCUGUUUAUGAUUGGGGAGCACCAUUGCUGUCUGGAAGGCCGUGACGGGGCGCAUGGACGCGUAGGCAGCCCCGUCUCCGAGGGAUCGGUUCACACUGGUUUUUCCUCGUUAAGUGUUCGCAAGAUGAGUUUGGUGUUGUAUCUUGCGCUUUUUUUAGGUCUUUCCACACAACUUGUAAAAGGCGAGACCCAUUUGACAACCGACAUCAUUCGGGAAGUUUUCGGCGAUGGUACAAUCCAGAAGGUUGAAGGCCAGGUGGCUGCGAUCACACCAGCAAAUGCCACUUUCGUGGACACUGACUAUUCGGAGCCUAUGGACAAUUAUUACCCGGCGUCAGCUGAUUAUGACAGGUUCGAUUGGACACUCACUAAGCGAGUAGCGGCAUCUUCGGAGGAGAACUUUUUGCUGUCUCCAUUGGGACUGAAAUUGGCAUUGGCUAUAUUGACAGAAGCGGCGACGGGUGCAACGCAGUCGGAGUUGUCUUCCGUCCUUGGAUUUGACCUUGACAAAGCUCUUGUCAGAAAGAAAUUCGCCGGAAUACUAGAUUCGUUACAGACGAAAUCAUCGAAGUACAUACUAAACUUGGGCAGCAGAAUUUACAUCGGUGACAAUGGUCAGCCGCGGCAGCGCUUCGCAGCGAUCGCGCAGAAUUACUACAAGACCGAGUUGCUGAAUAUAGACUUUGAUAAACCAGUAGAUGCGGCAAACUCAAUAAACGCUUGGGUCUCGAACAUCACCCAAGGACGGAUACCGAGUCUGGUGAACUCAGGUGACGUGUCAGGCGUGGCCGUGUUGAUAUUAACAACACUUUACUUCAAAGGAACUUGGUUACACCAGUUCGCGCCGAACGCUACGCAUCCCUCCGCGUUCUACGUGACAUCUAAAGCCACCAAGGAUGUCCAAUUUAUGAACGUCAGAAACAAGUUUUAUUAUGCGGAGUCUGCGAGGUUCGAUGCAAAGAUACUGAGGAUGCCCUAUUUGGGCGAUAAAUUCGCAAUGUACCUCGUUGUUCCAAACACGCUGACCGGGCUGUCGCGAGUUUACAACAAUCUGAGCGAGCUCCGAGCGGAGUUGCAUCGUCUGCAGCGGCAUUUGGUCGACGUGUCCCUCCCAAAGUUCAACUUCGACUACACCUCAGUCUUAGACGGCGUUCUGAAGGAGUUGGGCAUUCGCCAAGCGUUCGAGGACACGGCGUCCUUCCCUGGCAUCUCUCGGGGUCAUCAGUUACCGCAUCGGCUGAAGGUAUCUAAGGUGCUGCAGCAGAAUGGCAUUGUCGUGAACGAGCUGGGCAGCACAGUGUACUCGGCGACAGAAAUAUCUCUAGAGAACAAAUUCGGCGAGGAAGACUCGUUCUACGAAGUGGUCGCGAACAAGCCGUUCCUGUUCUUCAUCCAAGACGAGGCCACCAGACAGCUGCUGUUCACCGGCCGCGUGUCGGACCCAAGUCUCGUUGAUGGCGCCUUCAAGAUGCAA